AUGUCGACCACCGUUCAUGUCAAGGGCAUCUCGCAUGAGACGACUGAAAAGGAGGUUAGGGACUUCUUCAGCUUUUGCGGCAAGAUCAACUCCAUUUCUGUUACUCCAGAGUCGGAUGCUGCAGAUGCCCCAAGGUCUGCCACUGUAACUUUCGAGAAGGAGACCGCGGCCAAAACUGCCCUCCUUCUCGACAACACUCAGCUGGGAAAGUCCCAAGUCCACGUUUCCACCGCGAGCACCAUUGACGAUGUCGCAUCCAAAGCAGGGGCCGCUGUUGCAUCUGCCACCGGGGACGACCAUAUUGCUCAAGAAGACAAGCCUCGGUCAAGGAUUGUCGCCGAAUAUCUCGCUCACGGUUACACUCUCUCAGACCAUGUUAUCUCCAAAGCCAUCGUAUUGGACAACAAGCACGGUUUCAGCACGAGAUUUACCAAUGCGUUAGCAAGCUUUGAUAAUAAAUACAAGGCCACCGACACAGCCAAAUCCAUGGACAGUAAAUACGGUGUCACAGACAAGGCUAUGAGCGCCUGGGGUGGGUUGAAUACUUACUUUGAGAAGGCUCUGGGGACACCUACUGGUCAAAGAGUCAGGCGGUUCUAUCUCCAAGGCGACAAGCAAGUCAGAGAUGUCCACAACGAAGCCAGACGACUCGCAGACCUCAAGGCAGGAAAGAAGCACGAAGCUGAACCGGUCCCUGGAACCGACAAGACCGUUUGCAAGUGUGGUGGCUCCGAAGGCGUUUGCGGUUGUGCCCCAGGCCAUUGCAGCUGUGCCAACUGUGCCAAAAGCGAUACCGGUGCCAAUCAACCAGAACCAGUCCAAGGCACCGACAAGACAGUGUGCAAGUGUGGUGGUUCCGAACCAUCAUGUCCCUGCCCGCCAGGUCAUUGCGCUUGUGCCAAUUGUGCAAAGAGCAGCGCCGCAGCAACAACCGAAGCCAAGGAGGCGGCUCAGGCCAGCGGGCAACAAUUGCCAGCUGGUAGUGUCUGA